GGCAGGAAAACCCGCAGCGGCAGCGGGAGGAGGGGAAAGGAAGCUGGGUAGGCAGGCCGAGGACGGGGCGGCGGUGUAACAGAGGAUAGGCACGGGGAGACCGCCCGGGGAGUAACUUGGGAGUCUGACACUAAGGGGCAGAGAUCCCACCCAGCACCGGGCCUGCCCAAGACCCCACACCCAAGGAGAUCCACUAGAUCCCACGCAGGACACCCUAAUGUCAGCUCACUCUGAAGAUACGCUCAUAUAAUCCCUUCGGAUCUACAGCUCUCGCCUUUGGACCUGGAUGCUGUCAGGACCCAGAAGAUCCCUGAUUGGAUCUGGUGAGCACCCACUGGUGACAUCCCACGUACUAUAUAUACUGACGUUCCAUUAUAUGGGAUCUUAUAAACAGCAAUUCUAAACACCAAGGGACUGGAUCCCCCAGAUCAUCCCAUGGGAUCUGGCUGCCCCUUUGACACUAACACUAUAGAAUCCUUGACUAGAUCUCCAGAGGUUCUGCUGCUGUCCUCACAUGUCCCCCACACCCUGAGGAUCCACUAAAUGAGAUAUCAAAUACGUCUCCUUAGGAUUGGAUUCUACCAUUCCAUGAACUCUGGAUGGUCUACUGGAUCUCGAGAUCAUAAAGGAUCACUAACUUGAUCCACUGCUGUCAUUCCAUGCCCCCACCAGCUGAGGAUCUAUUGAACGGAAUGUUGUGAGGACCAAUACUGUUGAAUCACAACUUGACCUCUUUAUGAUCUGCUGCUGCUUAUAGGAGAUCUAUGUUUCUCCAUGGACCAUAUCAACACUAAGAGGCGACUUCAGAUCCACUGGGCUUCCACAGUAAUCACAUGCUGACUGUUGUGUAAAGAUCAGACAUUCCUGUUGUUUUUAUACUGCUGAUAUUUGUUUGCAGAUAGUUAUUUGGAAAUCACAGCAUAUCACCAUUGCUGCAACACUGAAGGAUCACUGGUGGAGUCGCUUCUUUUUCCUGUUUAUAAUAUAAGAUCCCUAAUAAAUCCCUGGUACCUUAUUCAGUAACUACACUAAAAUCAAAUGUUAUUGCCGCUUCUGCCUGAUUUCAACAGCAAGAAUCAGUAUCACUAAUAGUUUUAUUUUUACUGUAAAUGGAAACAAAAAGUUGCACGUUUUGGAUCCUCUGUAAUUUUUUUUAAACAUUCCUUUUAAUGACAAGUGCGCCCUGUAGUAUUAUGAAAAGAUUACUGACGGGACACAGAUCAUUAGACUAAGCACAUACUGUAAUUUAUUGCAUAUGAAUCACUACAAAGGAUUAACAUAGAAUACAAAGAGUGGUUAUUAAUUCCGCUGUUUGACCUAAUUGGAUCAGUAUUAAGGAAUUGCAGGUGACAUUCACUAAUCCCAGACACCCUUCGCUACCAGAGCACUUGUUCUUAAAAUAUAAAUUUACACAGGUUCCCUGUUGGAUUACAGAACUAAUUAAUAUCCUAACAUUUGUGCAACAGGGGUUAAUCACAAUGGCAUCUGGGAUGUAACUGUAAUAGUGGUUUGCUGAGCAAACGGUGUAAAUUUCCCCCUGGGCCACAGACUGACUCUGGAGUUUUCUUUUUAAUCAUGUAAUUUGAAUAACUCCCAUUCCAGCCAUGGUGGACAUAGCUGAGAGCGGCCAGGAGAUAAAGAAGACUUAUAUUGUCCCAGCCAUAAAGCCGUUUGACCACUAUGACUUCAACAGGGCUAAAGUUGCCAGUGGUCUGGCCUGGCUGGUGGCCAAAGCCUUUGGGGCAGAGAACGUCCCAGAGGAGCUGCAGGAGCCCUUCUACACAGACCAGUAUGACCAAGAGCACAUGAAGCCCCCCGUGGUGAAUCUGCUGCUCUCCGCAGACCUGUACUGCCGGGCCGGGAGCCUGAUCCUGAAGAGUGACACUGCCAAACCGUUGUUGGGACAUGAUGCGGUCAUCCAGGCCUUGGCCCAGCGCGGCCUCUAUGUCACCGACCGAGAGAAGCUAGUGACAGAAAGAGACCUCCGCAUGAAGCCCAUCCAGAUGACCGCUCACCUCGCAAUGAUCGAUACCCUAAUGAUGGCGUACACAGUAGAGAUGGUCAGCAUAGAGAAGGUGAUCGCCUGUGUGCACAAGUACUCGCCGUUCUUCCAAGCUACUGAGCUGCCCUAUGACAUAGAAGACGCAGUAACUUACUGGAUAAACAAGGUAAAUGGACAUCUGAAGGGUAUCAUUGAGCAGGAGCAGCGCCUGAAGGAGCAGCAGAACAUAGACCCCAGCUCGGGGCAGAAGGCCCGGUACAGGAAGGAACACACACUCUUCAAGCAGUUGCCCUGUAUCCCACUCAUGGAGAACAUCUUGAAGGACGGCACAGACGGCUGCGCUAUAGCUGCCCUCCUCCACUUCUAUUGCCCGGAGCUGAUCAGGCUGGAGGAUAUUUGCUUCAAGGAGUCCAUGUCGCUGGCUGACAGUCUCUAUAACCUGCAGCUGAUUCAGGAAUUCUGCCAGGAGUAUCUGAACGGCUGUUGCCACUUCACUCUGGAAGACAUGCUGUACGCUUCCUCUUCUGUUAAGGCUAAUUACUUGGUGUUUAUGGCUGAGCUGUUCUGGUGGUUUGAGGUGGUGAAACCAUCAUUUGUGCAACCGCGAGAGGUCAACGCUCAAGACGCUGUACAGUCCAUGAAAAACUCAUCAGCUCCAUUCUCUAAGCGGAGAAACACAAUGUCUGGUUCCUCUAACUGCAGGAACACGCAGAAUAUGGCGUCAUCCCCUGGCCCAGCUUCAAUUCGGAGGUCAUCAUCUAUGUCAUAUGUAGAUGGUCAGAUUGGGACAUGGCCCAAAGAGAAACGGUCAUCUGUACAUGGUGUUUCCUUUGACAUCUCAUUUGAUAAAGAUGAUGGUAUCCGUGUGACCACCCCAAGCAGACCGAUUCGUAGGUCCAUAAGCACUGAAGGAUUCUCACUGAAUGCAGCUCGCAUUCCUAAACACAUACGAAAGAACCUGUCAUUCCAGCCUAUCAAUGGGCAAGGACAGUCCGAGAGUAUUGAUGAGGAACGGAGUCAACUUAACCACAAUGAUGCUUCCAGCAACCAGUGGGACUCUGAUGAGGCAGAACAGCCUGAGAGAUACAAUGGUCCACUUGAAACUAGAAUCAGUGUGGAUGAACUUGAUGGGCAGGUGGAAGCCCCUAGUAUUGAAGAAGCACUAAAGAUCAUCCAUAACCCGGAACGGUUGCCUGUUGUUGGUGACCAAGUCAAUAACGGGUUUUUUCUGCACAGCCACAAUAUGAAUUUAGCUCUGCAGGGAGUCCCACCAGGUCUGACAGAAGAAAAUCAAGAGCACAGUCUGGAGAUGAAAGGUGUUCAGAGCCCUGCCACAGACAACACAGAGGUGGAUACUGGGAUUCAUGUCCCAGAUGACAUCCCAGAAACUAUGGAUGAGGAUUCUUCUUUGAAAGACUAUACUGUCAGCUUGGAUUCUGACUUGGAUGACCCUCUGAAGCUGCAUCAGGACUAUGGUGGACAGAUUCCUCAUUCCAGAGAGCCUGUCAGCCCCUGUCCAAGCUCAGUAAGUGGCAAGUCUCAGGCGGGCAGCACGGCCUCUUCCAGCUCUGGCAUCAAAAUGACCAGCUUUGCAGAGCAAAAGUUUAGAAAAUUGAAUUCUGGUGAUGGUAGGAGCAGCGGAAGCAGCUCCCAAAAAACUACUCCAGAGGGGUCUGAGCUAAAUAUUCCUCAGGUUCUAGCUUUCGGACAAGCCCAGGAGGAGAGUACCGUUCCCCAAAGCAGAGACACAACACAGCUGUUGGCAUCAGAAGUGGUCCAGUUGAGAAUGAAGCUGGAGGAGAAGAGAAGAGCUAUUGAGGCACAAAAGAAAAAAAUGGAAGCAGAGUUUACACGACAGAGACAGAAAAUGGGUCGAACUGCAUUUCUUAAUGUUGUGAAAAAGAAGGGAGAUGGUAUCUCUUCCCUGAAAGAAGAAGCAGGGACUAUGGAAAGUGAUAAAAUGGCUCAAGAGAGUGAUGGAGAGAGAGAAACUUCAGGUAUUAAUAAUCAAGCUGUAAAAAAUAUGAACUUAAAACUUUUUGCAGCUCAGACCCCAUCAAAGUGGCUGAAGUCUCCCACCAAUCCUGGAGAGACAGAAACGUCUUGGAGCUUAACAAGCCCGAGUGAAGAAAACAUGAGUGAAGUUGAGCUUGGAGAGUACACAAAAUCUAUUGAGAAACUCAACUUUUCUCUGGGUUUUCUGCAGCAAGAGAUGCAGCGUUUGGCGUUACAGCAGGAUGUGUUGAUGCAGAUGAGAGAGAAGCAAGCUUGGGUUAUCUCCCCACCAGAGCCCGCUCCACAAAGGCAACUGAACACAAAACCUGCAAGCAAACCUUCAGUAACGUGGUCUCCCAUUCCUUGCUUCAGUAUGGAAUCCCCACGUCCAGUUCAUAGGUCCCCCCAGACAUCUGUUAAAAAGACUGUGUCCUUCCCCCCCAAGCUUCAACGGCCACCUCGUCCAAACGAGCUCAAAAUAACACCUUUAAACCGAACGUUGACUCCCCCUCAGUCUGUUGACAGUCUGCCCCGUCUCCGAAGAUUCUCACCAAGUCAAAUUCAGACAAGGUCAUUUGUUUGCUUUGGAGAUGAUAGAAAACCUGGAACAGAAGCUCCAGAGGUUAAGGAACAAUGCGUUGUAGACGGAGGGACUUCUGUGACAGAUUAUGUAAGGCCAGACAAAGCACUAGAUUCUAAUCAGACUUGUGAAAAAUCUGAGAUGAGACCAAUAGAAACCAGCGUAUCAGAGGUGUUGUCUCAUCCCAUUGUAGAAACUGUGUGUGUCACUCCCAACGAUGAGCAGUAUAGCCAGCGCAGCUUCUCAACAUCCAAAAAUGUUAGCCUUAUUGAAGUUCCUCUUUCCAAACUGCAGCCUCCAGAUCUGGCCUCCAUUGAGAAGAAUGAAGACGACACUGACAAAGAGCUGAUCGGCGAGGACCAGAAAGUCUGCUGUGGGUUCUUCUUCAAGGAUGACCAUAAGGAAGAGAAUGACAUGGCAGCAAAACGAGCUGCGCUGCUUGAGAAGAGAUUGCGGAGAGAGCGUGAAAACCAGCAACGUAAACUUGAACAGGAGCUAGAACAAGAGCUCAAGAAGGAGGAAGCCAGGCGUAAGUCAGAAGAGGAGCGGAAUAAAAAGGAGGAUGAGAAGAAUCGACGAGAGUUUAUCAAACAGGAAUACCUGCGCCGGAAGCAGCUUAAACUAAUGGAGGACAUGGAUUCGGUUAUAAAACCAAGAAGCAACCUCAGCAAAUCUCGGAAACCCCGGCCCAAAUCUAUCCAUAGAGAGCUUGAAUCCCCUAAAACCCCAACGGCAGUUCCUCCAGCAUCCAGCCUUUCUCUGGCCUCUCUAAACACAGGUGACAAUGACAGCGUGCAUUCUGGGAAACGAACGCCAAGUCCAUUUAGGUCUGAAUCAGUUGAAGGAUAUUUAUCUCCUGGACCUUGUGGAAGUCGUAAUGGUGAGAAAGACUGGGAGAAUGCGUCGACCACAUCGUCUGUAGCAUCAGCAACAGAUUAUACAGGACCAAAGCUGUACAAGGAGCCGAGUGCUAAAUCUAACAAGUACAUCAUUCAGAAUGCGCUGGCGCACUGCUGCUUGGCCGGGAAAGUGAACGAAAGUCAGAAGAACAAAAUAUUAGAGGAAAUGGAGAAGUCCAACGCCAACAACUUCCUAAUUCUCUUCCGUGACUCUGGAUGCCAGUUCAGAUCCCUGUACACUCACUGCCCAGAGACAGAAGAGGUCAACAAGCUGGCUGGAGUCGGACCCAAGUCCAUCUCUCGCAAGAUGAUCGAUGGUCUAUACAAAUACAACUCCGACCGCAAACAGUUCAGCCACAUCCCAGCCAAAACCAUGUCUGCGAGUGUUGAUGCAGUGACCAUUCACAGCCACCUUUGGCAGGCCAAAAGACCCCAAACCCCCAAAAAACUUAUGUCCCCUAAGGCGUAGCCAUGGCCAUUUGAGGAAAGGUCUGCCGCCAUCUUGAAAAGGAUUGUUCCCUCGUUGCCAAUGAGACUUUUAUAGCUUGGACACUUUAACCUGUUGUCAUCACACACAACUGGAAUGUAACAGUAUUGAUUGGGGGUGGGGGGUUAUUUAUCACAGGACUUUUUGAUUCACAUGUUGGGGUAGCCAAAUGUAUUCAAAUUCUCUGGGCACGUAUGUUUUUGAUUCAAACACUGAAGCACUGACGUGUUCAUCCGUGGUGAGUGGAGCGAGCUUACAUCUGCCUUAGUAUUAUUUUAUUAUUUUUCUACGUUCGUGUGCAUAUAUGAAGCGUUGCUAAUCAUGUUUUUUAUUCCAUUUCUGUUUGCUGUUGUAGACGAUUAUAUUAAUCCUUUUAUGGCAGGGAGGCCAGCAGCGCACCUGAUAUCUCUGACUUUUUUAAGGAACAUGGCUGCAGCUUACCUCAAAUAUACAAAGCCAGUAAGCAGAUAUUUUAAGGUGUAAUUAAAAAAAAAACGUUUUUAUUUUGAGGCUACCAAUCAGAUGUUGCUAGAAUGUAAAAUUCCCUCAUGCACCUAGCAGUAUUAAAAUAUUAAUUUAUUCUGGGAUUUUAAAACCUGCAGGUAAACUGCUAAUUUAAUAGGGUGUUUUUUUGUGUUUGAUGGUGGCCAAUAAUAGUCUUAAACUUUUGUAAGCUAUGUGACUUUAAAGUCUUAAUUUUUUUUCUGCUCUGUAAAACCUACUGCACUAUAAACUUGAAUCCACCUCUUCCAAUCACAAACCGAAAUUUAAUAAAAACAUAUCAGUAUUUCAUAAAAGGGAAAAUGUCAGCAUUGGUAGUAGGGUUGAUAUAAACACUAAUGCCGCAGGAGGGGUACAAACGCGCACCUCUUUAUCGUUCGGCUGAAUUUACUUGCACUUUCAUGGAUGAAAGCAGUGCGUGUCUGAUGGUGGCAUGUUCAUUCGGAGUUAGAAUUUAGAUACUAAUAUUUUAUUGAAAACCAUGUUUAUAUUUUAUGUGUCAGAGUGAGAAUGAGAAAGUGGGUGGUGCAUUUAUUUUUUUUUUAGUAAUUUUCACUAUAAAUCAAAGGAAUGUUUUUAUAUGUACACAGCAUGCCUGAAGGAAGGUUUGUGUGUGCGCUUUAUUUUUAAUAUAUUUUUACUGUAUAUGGAAAGUGAGGCUUAAUCAGUAAAUGUGCAGUCUCUCUUUAAUUCCCUUGUUUAAAUCCUCACUAAAAUACUGUUGUUUUGACAAUGGAACAAUAUGGCUGAUGUAAUCAGAUGAAGCUUUCUUUCCAGUCUGAUUAUGUCACUGCCCUCAGUUGGGCGGGAGAAGACAAAAUGAUAGAGGAUUGUGGGAGAUGAAGUUGCAAAUCAGAUAGAGGUAACAAUCUUUAAUUAGACAAUUAAAUACAAAUACAUGGGUGUUUUAUGAAUAUGCUGUGCAAUUCUCUGUUUCCUCCAUGGGUUAUUGAGUUUUGGCGAACAUAGCGGGAGCAUUAUAUCUAACUCCUGCUGUCAGUUGGCGAUUUGUUGGCGUGGUAACAUAUGCACUGUAUUUUUAGGCAUCAGGAGAUCGAGAUUAGUGAUUGUGACUAAUACAUUAAGCACCACUAACCUGCCCUGGUAUGACCAUGGGGAUUAACCUUUUCACUGCCACAGUUGCCAUAUCAUACAUGGAAUUCUGCUGUAAAAAUACAGCAAUGUUUAGAAUAUAGUUAUAUCAGUAUCUGGUCUGAAAGAGCUAAUUAUGAGGAUUACGUGUUCUUCAAAAGGUAAUUAAAAAGUGAUUCCUGCAGUACUCAGUGUUAAAGUGACAGCAUAUUUUGCUAGCUCCUGCCUGGUUUUUGUGCGCUUACCAGACUGAUGAUAUCGGUUAGAUAAUACUGACCCAAUGUGUUAUUUGUACCACCUGAGGACAACAGGGCAUCUCACUUUACUUUUUUUUAAGCAAUUGGUAUUAAAACACCUUUAUAUUUUAUACAGCAAUUGAUAGAGACCAAACUGUAGCAGGGAAUCUUUUUCUUCUAAUCACUUCCUAAACUCUGUAACACUAAAGCACUUAGAGAAUGCAUCUGUUAGACUCGCAUACUGUACGGCCCGUAUUUAAAUGCAAUUUUCUGCCUGCAUUUUGGAGGGGAUAUUAAUGGCAUUUUCUGUCUGCUCAUUGUAAGAAUAUUCGGUUCGGUUGUAUGUGCUGCGUCAUCUGGGAAUACCGUGUGUGUGGGUGCUGCGAUAUUAACUGCACGAGUACAAAAUGUCAGGUCUUAUUUAUAUAUUAUGGUUCUAGAUUUGAGUCAACGCCUCCAUACGUUGUGCUGUUAUUGAAACGAUCAGUUUAAGGACUUUGAAGGACCUCUCUACCUCUUAGACACUAUUUUAUGUUACAUUUCCACUCAUUCAGGCGCCCAAUCUGUGUAAAUGAACUUUAUAAACACGCUUAAGAUACAUUUAUCAAUAGCUGCAUUGGGCAGUAGGAGUUAUAGGGAGGGUUAUAUGGUGCAAUAGGAGGAGUUAUUGGAUGGGUUAUAUGGUGCAGUUGGAGGAGUUAUAGAGAGGGUUAUAUGGUGUAAUAGGAGUUAUAGGGAGGGUUAUAUGGUGCAAUAGGAGGAGUUAUAGGGAGGGUUAUAUGGUGCAAUAGGAGGGGUUAUAGGGAGGGUUAUAUGGUGCAAUAGGAGGAGUUAUAGGGCAGGUUGUAUGGAACAAUAAGAUACAUUAUAUAGGGUAAUGGGUUAUAUGGAGCUAUAGUGAUAGGUGAAUGAAUAAAUAAAGAAGGCAGCACACAUAAAUAAUUGCCUCCCUAUUUGACACUUUCUCAACUGACCCUUAUCCCAAAUCCCAUUUUGAAAGCAACAUAUUAUUACAUUUUUAUUAAGUAUUGUAAAAAUACAGGACCAUGUGUAUUAAAUGAACUGCAUUUCCUGCCACACACAGUUCUUCGACAUUUGCAAGAGAGUGACGUAAGUGCAUAUGAUAUACUUAUGUAUGCUGCUACGUGAUUGGUUAGAGCAUAGCUCAAGCUUAUUUACGUCUGGCCUCUGAUCAGUCACAGCCGAAGGUAGCAGAUAAACAUACUCGAGGGGGUGGAGCUUAACUGCUGUUCUAUAAUAAUGAUUUCAUAUUCCCUAAGAUAAAGGACAAUACGAUAAACCACAUUAUUAAUAAAUUUAGAAUUUGCAAAUGGAUUUUAGGAAAUCAUUUUGGAAAAUUAAAACACACUGACUAUUUGUAAUCACUUUGAGUUACUGGUUAAAUACUGACCUAUUACUAAACACUGUUACAGCCUAGAGUAUAUGGGGACCAUAUAAUCCAAUUGUAUUUCAAAGGUUCAAACCCCCCCCCCCCCACACACACACACCAAAAUUGUAUUAGUCACAUGACGACAUACACAUCACGGGUGGUGGUUUUAUAUGUAAAUUGCAUGUACAAGACACUGUUACUGUGAUGUUUAAACCUAAAAGAAAACCAGGCAGCUUGUUUUAUAUUGUGUAUUACAAUGUACAUUGGUGCGGUGCCACGUAUUUUAUAAGGGCCAGGACCCCAGUUUCUCAGAAAAUAAAUAUUUAUGUUCUUUUUUUUGUUUAUAAUGCAAGUUAUUACACAUAAUCUCACAAAUAAAUAUAAUCAGAGCAUGUGAUUUAUCACUGUCCGACUGUAUGUGUUUAACAAAGUACAGCUCGGAGCCACAGAUAUCUGCUAGUCCUGAUAGCAAAAUGCUGUUCGCUAAGCCAAAUCGCAGCCCUAGUUGCACAACAUUUCCACUCAGGACCAGCAUUUCUCUGCAACUCCCCAGCAGUACUUUACCUAUGUGCUUAGCCUGUUUGUUUUUUUGCAGGUGUUACACAAGGUUAAUAGUGAUACAAUUACAAACAAUGGGAGCAUGCGUUUUAUUUUCACUAUAAUGCCUUCUGUGAAUCUAAGCCAGUUGCAUACACCAGGCAGGUAGAUGGUUAUGUUUGUCUAACGCUGCUUUUAUAAUUCCAAACAAACAGUAUUCAGAGUUUUGUCUAAUUCUGUUACCCACAGUGAUAUCUACAUGAGAGGGUAUACAAUUGUGUUCAAUGGAUACGACUUCUCUUUUGUUACCAAAGGGUUUUCUCCCAGUAUAUUAAAGGGUCAUGAAACCCCCUUUUUUUUUUCUUUUAUAAUUCAGAUAGAGAAUAUUAUUUUAAAAAAGUUUCAAAUUGACUUCUGUUAUCAAAUGUGCUUUGUACUCAUGUUGUUCUUUGUUGAAGAGAUAUCUAGAUAGGUAGCGUGCACAUGCCUGAAACGCUACAUGACACAAAAUAGUGCUGCCCUCUAGUGUUAAUGUAUAACAUUGUUGCUAAAUUGUUGCUGACAUGUGCACCCUCCUGAGCUUAAUUUCCUGCUUUUCAACAAAGAAUAACAAGAAAACAAAGAACAUUUGCUAAUAGAAGUAAAUUAUGUCCCUUUAACCUUUUCUUUUUUUUUAUGUAUUAAAAAAUCUGCAUUUCGUUGUCUGAAACACAAAAGUUCCCUAGAAGCUGUAAAUGUUUUUUAAUCAGAAGUUACAAAGCAACACUAAAAAAGAGUUUGGAGCAAACAAUCUGUUUGUUCCUUUGCCAAAUCUUACAGUAACGUCUGAGUCCGUCUUGUCUCUUAUGUCAGUAAAAAGACCGUUACAGUUAUAUUUUAUUAUGUGCUUGGUUGAAGCUAAUGAGACGUUUGGAUGGAGUACAGUUCAUUGUCUUUUAAAAUGUGUAUUUUAUUUCAUUCCGAAUUUAGCAAUGCAACCAUUAUUAUUAUUAUUAUUAUUUGUUUUUUAAAUGCUAAGCUGUAAAAUAUUGUCAUAUUGCUAAGUGUAGUUAUUUUAUUUGAAUAAAAGCAUGACACGGAAACAA